CGUUUCGGAAUAAUUAAUGACGUCGCGCUGUAAACACGACUGACGCUCAGCUGCGUGGCCGAAGCAUCCUCAGACCGAAGAGCCCCGAGUCCCCUCCAGGUUCCCGUGUUUAUUCCACGACGGCACUGCUGGGAGGCAUUAAAAAUAACUGGGGUUCACCUCGACUCUCAUAUGCGGUCUCCAAAACCAAGGCGACGGUGCUGCAUCGGUCCUACCAAGUGCCAUGGCUAGAAAGACGGACAUCCCCUCCUCUUACUAUGGUGAACCACGCAAGUUUGACCCAAACUUCAGUGGGCCUGUUCAGAACAGGAGCUGCACCGAUGUGGUUUGCUGCGUUAUCUUUGUCGUUGUCAUCCUUGGCUACAUCGCUCUGGGUACCGUGGCCUGGAUUCAUGGUGACCCCAGGAAGGUCGUCUAUCCAACCGACAGCCACGGCCAGUUCUGCGGCCAGCAGGACACCCCCAAUGCAAACAAAGCCAUAUUAUUCUACUUCAACAUGUUGAAAUGUGCCAAUCCUGCAGUUUUAAUUAACCUCCAGUGCCCUACAACCCAGCUCUGUGUCUCCAAGUGCCCUGACAGAUUUGCCACUCUUCUGGAUGCAAGGAAUACCAAAAAUUGGGAAUAUUACAAGCAAUUCUGUAAGCCGGGCUUUGAGAUUGGCAGUAAGUCAACUGGAGAAGUCAUACGAGAUGAAGACUGCCCAUCUAUGAUUGUGCCAAGCAGACCUUUCCUUCAGCGGUGCUUCCCUGAUUUCAUUAGAAGAGAUGGAAUUUUAACUGUAGCCAAUCAGACCAUCUUCAAAGACGGUGACAAUAACAAGAGAAGCGUCAACGACCUCAAAGAUGCUGCCAUCCAAGUAACUGCCAUGCAGGAAAAAGCGGAAAGAGGUAUUGCGAGUCUGCUGAAUGCCAAAGAGGUUGGCAUGAAGAUCUUUGAGGAUUAUGCAAAUUCCUGGAUCUGGAUCCUCAUUGGUCUGGUGAUAACCAUGGUGGUCAGUUUGGUCUUCAUCAUGCUCCUGCGCUUCACUGCUGGUGUCCUGUUGUGGCUCAUUAUCUUCGGCGUAAUCAUUGCCGUUGGCUACGGUAUCUGGCACUGUUACUGGGAGUACAGUUCUCUGAUCGGGAAGCCAGGCUCUAAUGUCACCAUCACUGAUAUUGGCUUCCACACAGACUUCAGCAUUUACCUUCAGCGCAGCCAGACGUGGCUCAUUUUCAUGAUCUCGCUGUCUGUGAUUGAGGCCGUCAUUGUCGUCAUGCUGAUAUUUCUGAGGUCCAGGCUACGCAUCGCUAUUGCUUUACUGAAAGAAGGGAGCAAGGCCAUCAGCUACAUCAUGUCCACUCUGUUCUACCCUGUCAUCACCUUUUUCCUUCUGGCCAUCUGCAUUGCUUACUGGGCGGUCACAGCAGUCUUCUUGGCAUCAUCUGGCAACGCAGUCUACAAGGUCGCACCUGCUGACGAUAAAUGCAUGUAUGCAAACCUCACAUGCAAUCCUCAGACCUUCAACAAGUCCAAUAUUACCAAAGUGUGCCCCGGGUCACAGUGCAUGUUCGCCUUCUACGGUGGGGAGAGCAUGUACCACCGCUACAUCUUAGUCCUCCAUCUGUGUAACCUGUUUGUGUUCCUCUGGCUGGUGAACUUCACCAUCGCCCUGGGUCAGUGCACUCUGGCUGGGGCCUUCGCCUCCUAUUACUGGGCCCUGAAGAAGCCAGAUGACAUCCCUGCCUGUCCGCUGUACUCCUCGUUCAGCAGAGCCAUACGCUAUCACACAGGUUCUCUGGCCUUCGGUUCUCUAAUCCUUGCUGUGGUGCAGAUGGUCCGAAUUGUUCUUGAAUACCUGGAUCAGAAACUGAAAGGUUCUCAAAAUGCCUGCUCUCGGUUCUUGCUUUGCUGCCUCAAAUGCUGCUUCUGGUGCCUGGAGCGUUUCAUCAAGUUUAUAAACAGAAAUGCAUACAUUAUGAUAGCAAUAUAUGGGAAGAACUUUUGCACCUCUUCCAAGGAUGCUUUCUUCCUCUUGAUGAGGAAUGUUGUUCGGGUGGCUGUCCUGGACAAGGUGACAGACUUUCUGCUGUUCUUGGGAAAACUGCUUAUUUCAGGAAGUGUUGGUGUUCUAGCAUUUUUCUUCUUCUCACGUAAAAUACCAGUUUUUCAAGAGGAGGUGCCGUCCCUAAAUUACUACUGGGUCCCUCUUCUGACGGUGAUAUUUGGAUCCUACAUGAUUGCACAUGGCUUUUUUAAUGUCUAUGCCAUGUGUGUGGACACGUUGUUCCUGUGCUUUUUGUGGGAUCUGGAGGUGAAUGACGGCUCUCCACACCGGCCCUUCUACAUGAACAAAAGCUUGAGGAGGAUCCUCAACAAGAAGAACAGGAGGAAGUAGAGACGAGCAGAGAGGUGGGAGAAGGAGAAAGACUGAAGGUUAACACAGAGCCACGGUACAAGCCCCUGUGGCCAUAAACGCUUUGCCAAACUUAAAGUGUACACAAGUUGCAGCUGUACACUAUAAUGAGAUAAGGGACUAAUAAUCUGAUUCACUCACACACUAAUUUGUGGAUUUGAGAGUUUACUCCAGAUGUCAGUUUGUUUAAAAGUCUUAGAGUAGCAGGUGUUCAAAGUCACGCCAGGUUAUUGUAAAUAAUUUUUACGUGUGCGGUUAUAACUGAUGGUUUGUGGUUUGUUUUACAGCCACAGUCACACUACGCAUUAAGUUCCUAUUGGAACAAGUGAAGUCUGUCUUUAGUGAAACUGGUAACCUCAGCUUUGGUUCUUCUUUAAUGUCUUGUAGUUGCCAGUUUCUAGCACUUGGUGGUGCCAGAUGUCAUACAUGUGUGGUUGUUGAGGUAUCAGCUCCACUGUGUGUUAUCACAGCCUUUGAGUGUCUCACAUUGAGAAUCACAUUCGUCACUUGGUGUCCUCGGUUUUUAUAUUUAACUGUCAUCGCAGCUUGAAGUGCUUCACCUUUAAGUGCCUUUUUCUUAGUUUGUCACAUUGAGUGAUUGUAAUUUAAUAUUGCAGCUAUGCAGAUAAUAUUUGAAGAUCCUUCCAUAUAUUUUUAAUAAGUUCUUAUAAUGGGAUGGUUUAGCAGCCAGUGAUGAAAAUCUUUAGCUUUUCCAAAUGCCUGCUUUGGUGCAGGACUAAAAGGGUAAAUUUCAGCAUGUUUUGUGUUUAGAAGACAGUGGCAGGUUUGUGCACAGCAGCAGAUUAUUCUGUGCUCAGCCAAAACCUUUGUGUUAUGUAUGUGAUGUUUCUGUGGUUUCUGACCUGCUGCUGAUGUGGGCACAUGGAUACAGUAUGUAACUCAGAGGGCAACGUACUGACCCCAUUGACAGCUAUAAUAACAUUAUAGUGUGUGAAAUGUGGUGAUUGGUUGCUCCUAAGUGAUACUUUAGAAAUACAUGUCAUUAAUAUUAAACAGUCAUCCCCCGUUGAUUUUAAAGGCAGCUUCCUUCACAGAGAUCACUGGCUGCAUUCAGCUCAAAUGGAAUUCACUAAUGUAAUCUAAUGGUUUUCAGCCACAGCACAAUAUAUUUAAAUCUGUGACCAACUGCAAACAUACAGCUGACAAGUAGAAGCAGAGUGAAAGUAUUUCUGUUGCUGUGAAGCUGCUGGAGUGGUUUGAUAAGUUUCUCUGAACUACAACCUGCAGAUGAUGAGGCUUUGAUUUCUGAGUCAUCCUUCUGGUGUUAUAACAAAACACAAAGUUUCUUGUUGGAAUUCUGAACUUGGUUCAAAACAGCGUUACAGGUUUUAGGUCUUCUUGUUGCAUCAAAAAGAAGCUGUGGGUCAGUUUGCUCAGUUGUAUGUGUUACCAUCAGGCUGACAGUAUAAUGUGAAAAGUAGAGUUGUGUUACAGUCUAAUGAAGUAUUUGAUAAGCUAGUGAAGAUUUUUCUCUUGCAGUGAAGUUUCUUUGCAAAAACAGAUGCACUGUUUCAGCCACAAUAUGGAAACCACUGACAAGUGAAGUGACCAUGUCGUCGUUAUGCAAUGUUCUGCUGGAAAUCCUUUGGUCCUGGUGUCCAUGAAGUUAUCACUUUGACAUGUUGCACCCACCUGAACACUGUCGCUUCCAUGGCAACAGCUCUCUACCUCCCCCAGCAGCACUUUGCGCCCUGCCACACCCCAAAAACUGCUCAGAGUCAGUUCAAGGAACAUGGCCCGGCCUCCGAAAUCCAAAUCUAAGUGAGCAUCUGGUGGGAUGCUUACAAACAAGCUUUGUCCGUGGAGGUCCCACACUGCAACAAACAGAACCCAAAUGAUCCACUGCCAAGAUGUGCCAGGACACCCACAGAGGCACUUUGGUCCUGCCCAGGUGAAUCAGGGCUAUUUUUGCUGCACAAGAGGAACCUAAACAGUAUUAUGCAGGUGGUUUUAAUGUUGUAGCUGAUCAGUGUGUAUGAGGGGUUGACAUAUUCAUUCUGUGUCCUUGUAUUUUACAUUUAGACCUUUAAUUAUGUUUUGUUUUGAAAAUGGAUUCCUGCAUCACUUUGGGUGACGUGACUCAUGUUUGCGAGUCUUUGUGCCGUGUUUGUCAACCCUGAGAACAAGCCCUCAUGGUACCUGGGAGUGACGGCAGACUUCUACACCUUUUGCCCCCAUUUGAGCUGAACAGGCUGGAACAUGCCCGACGUAGCACUCAAUAAAAGCAGAACAACUCAGCUUGUGUAUGUGAAAGAAUACAAGUGAUGCAUGGAGUGCUCAGUGGGGCAUAUUACCAAUGUGCCCUGUUGUUUUUUUAUACUGACACACUACCACGCUCCCGGUUGAAUUUUCUGUCUCUUUGUACAUGUAGCUCAGGUUUGGUUUCUUUCCCAUCUGGGAAUACCUGAGAUCUGAUAAAAACAGUGUUUUUAUAUGCCUCUCACUCCCUCCCAUGUCUGGAAAUUAGAUUCUUUUGGUCAACCACAGUCAACAAGCAGACACAAGUUAAGCUUCUCUCUUGAUAAAAUGUGAGUCAGUUUUCUUACCACAAGCUCUUUAAAGUCAAAAAAUGCAGUUGAUAGAAAGAUGAGCAGCACUCCAGGCUCAUUUAUCCAGAAAGUCAACAACAUAAACAUGUGCCUGAUAUUUAUUUAUACUGUCAAGUUGUGUUUUUAGUAGAAAGAAUCUCCCAUAUAUUUGUACACCAUUCAGAAUUUCAUUUGUUUUACUUGUGCUUUUAUCAAUAAAUUGUUUUUCUACCAUGCA